AUGCAAAAUCCGCCAGCAGAGAUUAAUCUUGUCACGCUCAACUGCUGGGGCCUCAAGUAUAUCUCCAAGCUCCGCAGAGAACGCUUGACCGAGAUCGGCCGUCAGCUUGCCACAGCCAGUCCCCAGCCGCACAUCGUCGCCCUGCAGGAGUGCUUCACCCAAGAAGACUACCAGAGCAUCCGCCAUGAAGUCCGCUUUAUCCUCCCCUAUGGCAAGUUCUACCACAGUGCCGCCUUCGGUGGCGGGUUGGCCAUCCUCUCACGUUGGCCCAUCGAGGAGAGCACCAUGUACCGCUACCCCUUGAAUGGUCGUCCAACCGCCUUCUGGCGCGGCGACUGGUAUGUCGGGAAGGGCAUCGCCUGCGCAAAGAUCCGUUACGGCCCGGCGGCGAAGCAGGUCGUCGAGGUCUUCAACACCCACACUCACGCCCCCUACGAAGGUGGGAAGCCGAAUGAUUCAUAUCUCUGCCACCGUACCGCCCAGUCAUGGGAGAUGGCCAAGCUGCUGCGGGGCGCUGCUGAGCGUGGCCAUCUGGUGCUUGCCAUGGGCGACUUUAACAUGAUCCCUAUGUCGCGCGAGUACCAGCUCAUCACCGGCCUGGCUCCCGUCAGCGAUGUCUGGCGUACUCUCCACCCAGAUAGCUCGCUUGGGCCGUCCCACCACCCCGCGGAGGAGGCUCGUCAUCGCCCGGUCCCUACUGCCGAGUUCAACAUCCAAGAGAACGGGGCUGCGUCGGAUGGCCCGUACAACACCUGGCGGUGGACCAAGGCGCAGCAGAAGCUACUAGGGCCAGGAAAACCACCAGUCACUGUGUCCCCGGACACACCCGACCCCCUCGGCAAGAGACUAGACUAUAUAUUUGCCAGCUCAGGAGACGCCAUGGCCCUUGGCGGCACUUGGGAAGUCGAGCAAGCGAACGUGGGCAUGAUGAUGCGGCAUCCGGAGCUGGGCUGCUCUCUCAGUGACCAUUUCUCCAUCGAAGCCACCCUCUCCUUCCAGCCCUUCCCUCCACCACCACCCGAACCCACCCCCAACACGGCCUCUAACCACGAAUCCACCCCCACAACCAUAGCAACAGCAACAAACAGCACUCUCCAACCACCACCACCCUCCGAACUCACCCAACCAACCACCACAACGACCACAACAACACCAACAGUCGCACCCGACCACCCAACCACCAAACGAGACUCGGCCCUCCACAACGGCACCUACCUGCAGCUGCAAUCCCCGACCCCCAGCCAACGCACCUCCGCCGAGCACGCCGGCCGCCCGACAACCCCACCCCCCACCCAACCCACCCUCCCCCUAACCGCCUACGACGCCAUCCUCACCCUCAUCCACGCCUACACCGCGCGCGAGCAGCGCCAACAGGCCUGGCGCACGCGGCACUUCUUCCUCGCCCUCGCCGCGAGCAUCGCCUGCCUCGUCGGCGCGUGGUUCACGCCGGGGAUCGGCACCAGCGACAGCAGUGGCAGCACAGCGGCCGGGGCGGUCGGGUUCGUGCUGGUGCUGGUUAGCAGCGUGUGGUUGGCGGUAGGGACGGUGGACGGGCUGAUGGCGGUGCUGUUUUUUGCGGGGGAGCUGAAUGCGCUGCGGGAGUUUGAGUGGGAGGUGAGGAAUGCGAGGGGGAGGGCGGUUUUGCGGUCGGGUGGUGGUGCUGGGGGAGACGAGGGUGUGGUUGGGGAUGGAGGGGAUGGGCCUGUUAGGGAGAAUGGGUGGUGA